GCAGCUUGUUGCAGUCUCUUGUAGUCAUGAAUCACUGUGCUCUUCUCAGCACAAGUGACGCUUUUCCUUCUUUGCUUUCUCAGUCCAGAAACUCGGCGGGGAGAAAAGGGGGAAGGAAGAUUCCCAAGAGAAGAUGGAAAAAGGUCUUAGUUUCAAGGAAAUCUGCCUGAAAGGGAUGACUUUUACUCGCCUACACUGAGGGGAUUGCCUCAGAGCGAGAUAUUUGAGGGCAGAGAGAAAAGAUUCAGUAAGAGUUUGCGGCAAAGUCUGCGUGGGAACUCCAGGAUUUUACAACGUUUCCAAACCUGUGGAUUUUCUCGCAACAUUUUAUAAGGAAAAAACAUGAUUUUGUUCCAGCUGUAUUGGUUGGUGUUUCUUUUUCAUAUCACAGGAGCAAUUUUGGACCUCUACCUGAUCACUGACCUCAAUCCUUCGAACAAGUUUCCCCUUUCCUGUGUGUCUGGUGAGCGCCGCUUCAAUGGACCCGAACUUAAAAUGGAAAAGGACAGUACGAUAUUUCAAAUGAAAAAACAUAAUUUCAAUUAUGUAAGCGACUCAAGCAGGCACAAUGGCAUCCAGGCAACAGGCUCCAGUAAGGACUGGGAGCAGGUGGGAAUCUACUACUGUGAAGGAAGACGACAAACAGAGAAAACUCACAUUGUGACAAUUAUUAACAGCAAUAAAGCUGAAUUCUACCCCAGCAAGCUUACAACAACGGUGAACAAGGGUGAAACAGCUCUGCUCGUAGUCCAAAGACUGAAUGCGGUGAACGAGGAUGUCAUGUGGAAGUGUAACGGUACCUACUACAGUACAAUUCAUGUUAAUGAAAUUGAGAAUGGGACUGUUUCCUUGAAGAUCGAAAAUGCGACUCCUUCACACACCUGUGUUUAUAGCACAACAACGCUCAGCGGGGUUUUUCUGAAAGGAGCUUACUUCAGGCUUAUUGUCCGAGCUUGCCCUGAUAGGAAAUGGGGUACAGCGUGUGACAAGGACUGCCCUGAUUGUCUGAAUGGGGGAAUCUGUCAUGAAGGCUCAGGGGAAUGUAUCUGUGGACCAGGCUUUACUGGAGAAAACUGUGAGAUCGUCUGUGAAAGAGGAAAAUUUGGCCGCAAUUGCCAGGAAGACUGUAAGCGUCAGAGGAGCUGCAGCGAGUAUAGAUUUUGCCUGCCCGAUCCCUAUGGGUGCUCAUGUGCUACAGGUUGGCGUGGGAAGAAAUGCAGUGAAGAAUGUAGCCCUAACACCUAUGGACCAGAAUGUAGGUUGAAGUGCCAGUGCCAAAAUGGAGGAACGUGUGAUCGGUUCCAUGGCUGCAAAUGCCCAGUUGGAUGGCAUGGCCAGUACUGUGAGAAAUCAGAUCACAUCCCAAAGAUAGUGGACACAUUUACUGAAGUUGAACUGAACCUUAAUUCAAGUCCGGUGAUGAAAUGCUCUGCCUCAGCAAAGCCACUGCCUGUCGACAGGGAAAUUCAGAUCCGCAAACCUAGUGGAGAAAUUGUGAUGGCAACUAAAUCCAUCAUGCAAGGAAAUAUAACCACUUCGGAAUUCAAAUUACCACAGAUCAGUUUACAGGAUGAAGGUGUGUGGGAGUGCAGAGUCAGUACAUCCACUGGCACUGAUUCUAGGCGAUUCAAAGUCAUUGUGAAAGUGCCUCCUAUCCCAGUAAGCAUACCGAGAGUCCUGGAAAAGAAAAGCAAGCAACUAAAAGUAGAUCCAAACAGUGUGAACUUUACUGGAGAUGGACCAGUGAAAUCGGUUAAACUCCUCUACAAGCCAAAUGACAGUGGAGCACAAUGGUCUUCAAUAGUAGUUGACAAUAAUGAGCCAAUCACACUGAUGAAUUUGAAACCUUCGACAAGCUAUCUGGUUCGAGUACAGCUCACUCGUCCUGGAGAGGGAGGAGAGGGGCCCCCGGGUCCUGAUGCUAUCUUAGAAACUGAUUGCCCAGAACCCACCACAGUGGCGAAGAUUGAUCGGGCCUUGGCUGAGGGCAGGGACACCAUCUCAGUUAGCUGGAACAUCUCCAAAGAUCACGAGACCGGAAGUGGGUUUGUCGUUCGAGUCACUGGCUCUGGGAAUUCUAUUAAGAGGGAGGUUCGAGUGCAGCCCCUCUCAGUGCGGUCCACGCAAAUAACUAAUCUGCAACCUGGAAAUGCAUACAAGGUGGAUGUCAUGGUGUACCAUUGUGGCAGUCUCGGGCCACCGUCUGAGGCAGUCAUGGUGGAAGUGGAUGGAGGCCCUCCAUCUCCCAGAAAUCUACAGGCCAUCCCCUUGUCUUUGACCAGCAUACAACUGAAGUGGUUGCCUCCUCUCAGCACAAAGGAGAUAAACAAGUACACCAUCGAGUACCAGCAGCUGGAACCACUCAGCAAGCCCACGUGGAUUGAUACAGUUAGAAAUGAAACUCUCAAAGAUCUAAGUCCCAGCACACAGUAUCAGUUUCGAGUUCGUGCUCAGUCCAAUGUUGCGGGCGAAUGGAGCAGCCCUGUCACAUCUUGGACCUUCAGUGACUCUAUUCCUCCUGCACCUUAUGAUGUUAAGAUAUCAAACAUUACUGACACAUCUGCGGUUAUCUCCUGGGUUCUACCAAAAAGACACGCCAUCUCCUCUGUGGUUAUAAGGUGUAAAGUCUAUGGGGCUGCAACAUAUACUGAAGUCACACCAAUCAAUUUGGCGGAGAUGCCAAUUUCAGAGUAUGUCUUGCAUGGGUUGCAGGCCGAGACCCCCUACCUAGUGGAGGUAUUAGCCAAGAACAAUAAGGGAGAGAGCAAGCCAAACCCAAUGAAAGAACUUCGAACAGCAGCAACUCCACCAGCUACAUCCAGUGUGGCUCAUGUAUCAAGGAAUUCGGGACAGCCUCCUGUUGGUGACCAGCAACUCUUGAUGGCCAUUGUGGGCUCAGUGUCUGUGACCUGUCUAACCAUUCUCCUUGCACUUCUGGGCCUCUUCUGCGUCCGUAAAACCCUCUUCCAGCGACGCCGAACCUUCACUUACCAGUCAGGAUCUGGUGAAGAGACAGUCCUUCAGUUUAACUCUGGAACUCUGACGCUCACGCGCAGGCCUAAACCACAGCCUGAGCCCCUCACUUACCCCAUCCUCGAAUGGGAUGACAUCAAAUUCGAGGACGUUAUUGGAGAAGGAAAUUUUGGGCAGGUCAUCAAAGCCUUGAUUAAAAAGGAUGGAAUGAAGAUGAAUGCCGCAAUUAAAAUGUUAAAAGAAUUUGCCUCUGAGAAUGAUCACAGAGACUUUGCAGGAGAGCUGGAGGUUUUAUGUAAACUGGGGCAUCAUCCCAACAUCAUCAAUCUGCUGGGAGCCUGUGAGAACAGAGGUUACCUGUACAUUGCCAUUGAAUAUGCCCCAUAUGGAAACCUUUUGGAUUUUCUACGGAAGAGCAGAGUUCUGGAAACAGACCCAGCAUUUGCAAGGGAGCAUGGAACUGCAUCGACGCUGACCUCUCAACAGCUGCUACAGUUUGCAUCUGAUGUGACAAAGGGAAUGCAGUAUCUGAGCGAGAAACAGUUCAUUCAUAGGGAUCUCGCAGCCAGGAAUGUAUUAGUGGGAGAAAAUCUUGUUGCUAAAAUCGCAGACUUCGGGCUGUCAAGAGGGGAAGAGGUGUAUGUAAAAAAGACCAUGGGGCGUCUCCCAGUGCGAUGGAUGGCAAUCGAGUCCUUGAACUACAGCGUCUAUACAACAAAAAGUGAUGUCUGGUCAUUUGGAGUGUUGCUGUGGGAGAUUGUCAGCCUUGGAGGAACACCAUAUUGUGGAAUGACAUGUGCAGAACUCUAUGAAAAAUUACCUCAGGGCUUCCGAAUGGAGAAACCCCUCAACUGUGAUGAUGAAGUCUAUGAAUUCAUGAGACAAUGCUGGAGGGACCGGCCCUAUGAGCGACCGACCUUUGCACAGAUUUCAGUGCAACUGAACCGAAUGCUUGAAGCAAGAAAGGCUUACGUGAACACAGCUUUGUUUGAAAACUUCACUUAUGCUGGAAUAGAUGCUACAGCAGAAGAAGUGUGAAAUACGGGCUAUCCCGGGCUCAUGCAAAUAGAAACACUACCUGAGGUCAUGUAGUUCCUGCUAAUGAUGCUCACAGACUGUCCCACAGCCUGAAGUCCCUGUUCAAAGAGACAGCAAAAAGCUUGAAGUUGACUGCUUGAACCAUGAGCCAACAACCUAGAGUAACAUAUGAAAAGAGAUGAUUUCUGCUGCAUUAUAAAGAUUGUUGUGGGUUUAAGACCUGUCCUUGAUCCCUAUGACAGAGUGGAUGACUGUGUCUAAUCCAAGUGAUGGAAUGGGGACCUUCGCACUAACUCAAGUUUUGGGAUCAAGGCUACCUGCCCAGCUUCACCUUGAAAUCAGUUGUGGAAAUGGUGUUUUUACGCCUCAUGAGCAACACAACAUUUCUCAAGUCAAACUUAAGAGCUGGACUCCCUGCAAUGUGGCAGUACGAACAUGAGGACUGAGCAAAAUACAACAGUAGCAAUGGAGUCGGUCAAUUGGAUAUGUGGAGUUUGAACAAUGCUUUCGCUAUACUUGGUCUUUUGCAGCACGUGUAUAUACAUUCAAAACAUACAACAAAGUAUUUUUUACUGUAUAAACACAAAUGUUAAGCAUAUUGUGUCUGUGUAUAUAUACAUAAUGUACAAGAAACAACUGCAGCACUGAACUAUUCUGGGUCAGACCAUUGACUUCUGCAGCAUGUGUGUGAAAGCAGUUGUAUUGGAAACAAACUUGACAACAGGUGACUGGCUGAGAGCAACUGAAACUUGUGACACUAGGCCAAUGACUCCUGUACACUACAGGAUCCAUCAGGGAUUCCAGGAAGAAUUUUUAUCCUCGUUAUUCUUACCUAGAAUGUGGGCAUCACUGGCAAGGCCAGUAUUUGUUCCCCACCCUAAUCGCUUGCUGGACCAUUUUAGAGGGCGGUUAAGGGUCAAGCACAUUGCUGCAGUCACAUCAGGUAAAGAUAGUAGAUUUCCUUACAUUAGUGAACCAGGUGGGUUUUUAAACCAUUACUGAAAGUAGCUUUAUACUCCAAUUUAAAUUCCACCAGCUGGUGUAGUGGGAUUUGAACCCAUGGCCUUAGGGCAUUAGCCUGGGUCUCUAGGUUACUAGUUCAGUGACAUUACUACUAUGCCAUUGUUGAAUCCCAAAUAGUCAAGCUUUAACAUGUCAUAGGGUGGAAUUUUACUGCCUUGUUGCAGCGGGAGCAAAUCUGUAAAAUGCGGCAAGCCAUUCAAAGCUCCAUUGACUUUGGCUGGACCAGAAACUCCCGCCAGCGUAUGAUUCCGCCCCUGGUCUGUCCAAGUUAUGCUGGGCUUUAGAGCUGGUGUGAAUAUUCCUUUUCAGUAACAUAAAGCUUCUCAAAUUUAGGGCUAUAAUUCAACCAUGUGCACCUCAGUUUUCAUUGUAAACAAAAUUCAUUUUCCUGAUGUUCAAUAAAUGCAUUUAUUUGAUCAUC